AGAACGGGUAGGUUGUCUACAGAGACCCAGGACUUGGAUGCAAUAUAUUCAGGGUAUCUGAAGUGCGGCACGGAGAGGACCGACAUGGUGAUAUAGAGCUGGUUACGCCUGGCUAGGCUGAGGAUGCACGUUUCUGCUCGUUACCUUGCAGCUGCAGCUUUCAUUGCCUCCUGUGUCUCUUCACCGCUUUUUGCCUUACACUUCCCUGCAGUUGGUAUGGGUAACUUUGUCUCCUCUCUCGGCGCUCGUCAAUAUUGGUGUUUCUCAUCGGAUGACUCUUCCUUCAUCCAACGUCCUCCCAUCCCCUCCACCAAUGCUCAAGCUUCUGUACGAAACCAUCACAGCAAUGAGCUCCAAUACCUUCCCGAAAGCGAGCGCACCUGUACACUCCUUUACCGGGCUUGCGCUCGAGCGUCUGAAACGCAUUUUCACAUGGAUCCCAAGGACAACUAUUGGGAUACCUUUUGGACGAGCUUUUGGGACGAGCUGCGAGCUACAGGAUGGUCUGAAGAAGAUGGGACACGUAUGGAAAUAGAAAGCGUUGUUGCUUAUCACGCGAAGGAUAGCAUCAAGCUCAAGAACUCGCUUGACUCCUAUGCCUUGAAAGUAUUGGAAAUUGCUUUCAAACGUGCGCUUAGGCCGCGUUCCCUUCACGACUCGAGCUCCACGCCUCCGGCUCAUCCUCGUCUGCCACUUGACAGCAUGGUCAAUGAAACAUUUCCCGAGCUUGAUAAUCUCCAGAAAGGCGUGUCUGCGUAUGCGUACAUCUCUACUUUGCAAUGCCCAUCAGAAAAAAGGGACGACGAGAUUUUUUACGCUAUGAUGUCAACGGACUGGUUUGAAGCAAUUUUGGAAACGAAGCGGAAGAAGUAUACUCGACCAAUAUACCGAAAGUCGGAGAUAUAUAGAGGGCUGCAAGAGCAGCAAAGGGCUUGGUGAAUUGGCUUUUGUCCUUGAAUGAGAUGACCGUGGGAUGGUUUUUGGAAGGCGCUGCGAGAUCAAAAUCACAAGGAGGUGAGCGCCCAAGUAUGGUAGACGCUCUUUUUAAUACUCAAUUUUUCUUAUCUAUAUGUUUUUGGUAAUGAUGAUAGGAAUUCCUAUGAAUAAAUCACCUCUUGUAACACUUCAAAGUAGG